CACCAGAACAGCCAUCAGUGUGAGCUUGAGCAGUUACACAGUACAGGUGCAUAUCAGAAGAUACAGAGAAUCUUCAGUGGCAGAGCGAGUCUGGAAUAAAAGAUAAAAAUAUCACAAAAAAAACAGAACCAAAACCAGACGUGAAGAUGAACCUCUUUGUCAUUGUUGCCAUCCUUGCAGCAGUCAGUGUGGAUGUGGUUUUUUCAUGGCGACUGUCAAAAGUGAGAAGAACAGCGUGUCUGUCUGGAGAUGGGAGCAAUUACAGAGGAUACGUUCGCGAGUCAUCCUCUGGUCGUUCAUGUCUUUACUGGGACAGGGUUAAACCUCAGUGGGGAGAUGCAAAUGGACUUGGCAGCCAUAAUUAUUGCAGGAAUCCUAACAGUCGCAUAAUGCCUUGGUGCUAUGUCAGAAAAGGAAGGAAGACUGUGAGAGAAUUCUGCAAUAUUCCCAAAUGCCCUACACCAGCACCAACACCUUCACCUGUGGAUACAGAGGAAACGUGUGGCGAGACGUCUGAGAGGAGGAUGCAUAAAAUUGUGGGUGGCUCUUUUACACCUAUAGAGUCGCACCCAUGGGUCGCAGCCAUCUUUCACAAGCGUUAUGGCUUCCUUUGCGGUGGCACUCUCAUUUCACCGUGCUGGGUUCUCACUGCAGCUCACUGCUUCUCUGACGGUGAGGAUACCAAACUCACACAUCUAGCCAUACACCUGGGAAAGAGUGCCAUCAAUGAAACAGAUGCCAGAAGUGAGCAGGGGUUUACUGUGGAAAAACUCAUCAUGCAUGAAAAAUAUGAUGAUGAUAACUUCAACAAUGACAUAGCUCUGAUUAAACUCAAAAGCAAAAAUGGAGGAUGUGCAGUCAAAUCAGCUUCCGUACGUGUAGCUUGCCUUCCUCCAUUGCACACUAAACUGCCUGCAGGAUUUACAUGCAGCAUUGCAGGAUUUGGGAAGGAGCGGUCAAGCGCAUUCCAGUUCUCACAGUACCUGAAACAUGCUGAGGUCAAACUGAUGUCCAACGCUGAAUGUAACAAAGAAUUGUACUAUGAAAAUCGCAUCACCGAUAACAUGUUCUGUGCUGCGAGCCCCGAUUGGAGCACUGAUGCCUGCAAGGGGGACUCUGGUGGUCCGUUGGUGUGUGGAGCAUCGGGCCGGAUGUUUCUGUUCGGGGUGGUGAGCUGGGGUGAGGGUUGUGCCUUGAAAAAUAAACCAGGCGUUUACACAGAGGUCACCAACUACAACAAGUGGAUCGCAGAAAACACGGGACUCUCCGAAUACACAAACGGACGCAUGUAUCCCCAGAAAUGAAACUGUGACAGAAUGUUAUUUGUUGGGCACUGAGUGUGGCAGCAGUUUUGUGGGCUCUGUGCCCAUUGCAGAUGUUGGUUUUGAGUGCAGCUUAGCAGUUACUGUCAUGUACUGUGAAAAUACUUCUUGCAUCAAAAUAAUUUAAUGUAAAUGUUUAAAAAGUAGGUCGCAUUAUAUGGUUUUAUUACUUGUACAUAUUUUUUCAUUUAUUCUGCAUAUUUAUUGUUGACUUUUAAAAGAAGCAAAUAGGAAGCAUAUUUAUGUAAAACUUUUUCCUAUUCAUAUAGA